AUGGCGGAUAAGCAGUUUAUUUCUAUAAUUUUUUUCUGGAAUUCGGGGUUUUAGAGAGAGUAAUUUCGRGAUAAAAGUACUAUGAGUUAUAAAGUAACCAUAUUUAAUCAAACAGGAACUGAUUUUUUCAAUCGAUGGCAAGAUCUUCCAGACAGUUUAUUUCUACAUAUUUUCGAGUAUCUGCGUCCUAGAGAAGUCCUUUCAUCAAGUCAAGUUUGCAAAAAGUGGUACAGAAAUGCAAAAGACGAACUCUUGUGGAAAAAACUCUUUAUAGCUUACUACAUGGGCAUACACUCUUGGACUARAGGMACUAAACUUUURUCUCCCUUAAGUAAUUCAUGGCUUUUGGAGUUCCAGCGACUCUWCUCGCAAACUCCAGUGAUUGAAAGUCAAAUUCUUGACGAGCAUCAAGACGAAGUUUUACAUGUUGCUUUCUCGCAUGAUGGAAGGCUAUUUGCGUCAAGUUCCAAGGAUUGUCAGGCUAUAGUAUGGGAUAUCACAAGUGGUGAAGCRAGGGUGAAGCUAAAGCUGGACUUCAGGGAGCAUAGAUGGGAGUAUGUGCAGUUCUGCGAGUUUUCAAAAGAUGAYACUUUGWUAUUAGUUUCGGGGAUCAAUGAACGACGACGGCUUAAUUUUAUGGGUGAAAUCAUAAUCUGYRCCAUUGAGGGAGGAGAGGAYACGAGGAUCGUUCAAAAUGUGAUCAGUGAGCCCUAUGAUGUAUUUGGUGCGUGGUUGACYAAAACCCAUUACAUCAGCGGAUCCUUUGAGUUUCGUGUCCCGUUUUUCGAUUCAUCRAUAUCAGAAUUAUGGGCCAAUUCCAUAUAUGGGGGUACUCCCAMAAGGCUUUGCAGGGUGAUGAAUGAGAAUGGAAGUUCAGUACGUAAUGUCCUUGUCGCUAAACCAAGAUUCUUGAACAAUGAUGAACUUUUACUUAUCUUUACUCAUGGGAUAGUUACGUAUAUCCCUCAUCAAAUYGUAAUCAAGAAAAUAACAUUUUCGGCAACAAAGGCUCCRAAUCUCAACGUUCUUCCCGAUGACAUCAACAGUGACGAAACUUCACGAAGUCUCUCCGACGACGAAGAGACAGACAUCGGUUUUACGAAACUUGAUCACGUGAUUGAAACUCACGCACAUAUAAUAGGAGUAGGMUUGUCUCCUGACGAGUCCAUGYUGUAUGUGAACUGUCGUCCRUGGGUUAACAGAAGCAGAGAAGAUGCAGCCCGCGUUAGACCACGUCUGAGCCCCGCAGCUCCAGGMCACGAGGAACUUGAGAUCUCAGAUAGUAUUCAUACAAGAGUKUAUAGUUUAGCAACCAUGAAAUUCGUCAAGGAACAUGUUGGACACAAGGCGUUUACUCCAAAUGAUAAAUGCUUUUUUAUCUUCCUGGAUGUCGCUGACUURUUGGUUGCCAGUGGAGCAGAAGACGAAUGUGCCCAUGURUGGGAUCGUCACUUUGCUGUUAAAUUAGCAACAUUGAAAGGUCAYCAAGACGUGGUUAAUUGUGUUGCAUUCAAUCCACGUGAUCCAGAGAUCCUGAUUAGCGCKAGUGAUGACCACACCCUGCGCGUAUGGAAGUCAAGACGAAAAAUCUACAAAUCUUAAUCUACUGGACGACAAAAAGUAUUAAUGAACACUGAUUUUUGUUUAUAAAAAUGGUAAAUUGCUAUCACAACGUCAGGGGCAACAAUUGAGAACAAUCUGAAGAGUCUCUUCGAUAUAUUUCUUACCAUUGAAUACCCAAAUGGUAGAUAACAAUUUGUAGUCUGGGUUAAAGAUGACAUAUUGCUUAYAACYKCUGACAAAAUCUUUACUGAAGCUCGAAAUGCCAUCCAUAGAGUUUCGUC